AUGCAUGGAAGGCGCACCUCACAGCUCUUUCUCUGUACUCUGCCUCAGACAGCGCACUUGGAGGAUCUUCUCCGGUCUCGAUACCGCAGUCUCCGACCAAAGGGCCAAUAUUCUGGAGCUUGGCAAGACAAGAUUUUCUCUGUGCUUACACGUCUGAACUUAGACCACAUCCGUCUUUGGCAGAACUUUGGCCUCGCUACGGACGAACGCAACCUUCUACUCCCCUUCAGCCCCUUUUCGACAGCUGAUGUCCGCUCCUUGACCAACGUGGAUGAAGACUCUAAGAGCAACGAGCUUUUGUGGCUCCUGGGGAAGAUUAUGAAUUACAUCACCAACGGAGACGGUAUACGCCCGGAAGACUAUUCUAAACCCGCAGGCCAGCGCAUGUCGCUUGGUUUGACGCAGGAACUCCUCCUGGGAAGAUGGAUGAAGCUCGAAGUCGAAUUACAGGACUGGUACGAGAGUCUACCGCCGACCUUUGUACCCAGCGCCCGGACGAGAUUCUCUACUUGCCACGGGGACUUGGGUGAUGAUGACACGGAUAUGGACAUGGAGAGGGUAUGGUACGACAUACCCAUGUGCGCGUCGACGAUGCAAAGCUACCAUAUGGCUCAGAUUCUUUUGCUGGUGAACCGGCCCCAAGAAUCCACGGCCAUACGGUCGACCGUGUCAGCACGCCUGCGGUCGUAUCGGCUCAUCCAGAAAGAGGUUCUGCGUCAUUGCAAGGAAAUUUGUGGGAUCAGUCUCGCGGACCCUACUGACGCGGUGCGUGUUCACUCUGUCCAGCCGCUUUUCGUGGCGGGGCAAGCCUUUUAUACGCGACCAGAACAGGAAUUGGUUCUGGGGCUACUUUCUGGUAUCGAGACGGAGCUGGGGUGGGCUACGAAUCAUCAGAGGCGGAAGUUGAUUGAUGAGUGGAAGGUGAACGAUGAAUGA